AUGGAUAGGCCUCUUAGUCUUACAGAUGUGAGCAGCCCUGAGCCCACCCCCGCACUCAAUGAUAAAGACAGCACCAACUCCAGCAGACCACCCAGGACCAGCAAGAGACUUUCAGACGUGGAGCUUCAGCGGUUCCUGCGCCGUAUCCAGAGGCCAACCAUCUCCCACCAACUGUCAUGCAAGGACAACCUGUCAAGUGACUCAACCACGACCAUCACAGACAAGGGGUCUGUGUCUGCUGCCUCGGUGGACAGCACGGACAGACAGAAAGCUUUCAACCAACUGUCACGUCCAACCACGGCCAGCAGAGCUAAGAAUGUGGCCGAGUGUUACUUGUGUGACGAGGCUGAGAGAGAAUCCAAUAAAACGCUGGUGCCUUUUGUUUACCCCUACGCUGAUGAUAAAGCUUUGAGCAGGGAGGAAGUGGCUAAAAUUACCUCCAGGGUGUCUACACCAACAAAUGCGAGCGAGCGGGGUCUGGCGACCUGCGUGAGGGCACCCAUCAACUAUGACAGUGUACGUGCCCUGUCUAAAGAUCUUCCUCUCAUCUGUGGACUUCAUCGCAGCAAAAGUGUCCACCAUAUUGUAAACAGGCUGCACUUUAACCCGAGGCCUAAAAGACAUCAUUGCCACACAACAAGGGCCACACCCAUCAACUUUUAGACAGUUAAAUGUUAUUUUUAUAAAUACAAUGUCCGAUACAAAUAUGUAGCCUAUUGUUUGUUAUUCUAAAUGACUUUAGGAAAACUACCGGUAGGUAGGGUGUCGCCUAAGACAAUUAAA